AGUCAGGUGCUGUGGCUCCGACGGGGCACGUAAUUAACUCGCAGUGAGAGCGGAAAACAAACAGCCGCUCCAGUGCCCCCCCAUUCCGCCCAUCAAACCAUCCUAAACCGUAGAAGAAUAAUCAUGAUAGAAAAAAGGAAAACGGCAAAGAGGAACGCAAGGAAAAUGACCUCAAGGAUACACCACCCGACCGAGAAACGCAAUGACCCGCCUUGUUACCCCCACGGUCCCAAGCGCCAGACAAAGCUCACCCCGUCACCGACACGCUCCACCGUCAGAUGUCCGAGGCGGAGCAGCAGCAGGAUCAUGACCACCGCAGGUGGGAGCAUGACCACAGCGGGCGGGAGCAUGGCCCCCCCUGCCGGCAGGAGCAUGGCCGCCGUCGGCAGGAGCACAACCGCCGCGGGCAAAAACAUGGUCAGCGCAACCACAAUCAGCACCAGGAUCAAAGGAACAACCACCAACCCCAGCAGGCCCAGCACCGCCAGCACCACCAGUGCCGCCAGCGAGCCCAGCACAAACCAGACCGCCGUCAGCACAAGCCCGGCCGCCGCGAGUAAAAACCCGGCCGCCGCCAGCACCGCCGCCAGGCGCUCCAGCCACGCGAGCACCCUCGCCCAAAACCGGGCACUCGCCGCGCGCGCGCGGGCGCAUAGUCGGGCAACAUGCACCCGGAUGUUCCGCUGCACGGGGACCAGGCGGUCGGGCGGCUGCGGGUGGUUGUUGAUGACGGCGACGUCGUGGUCCUCGUCAUCUCCCGAGACCGAGGCGGAGGAGGUGGUGGAGGAGCGGGCUCUGCGUGCGUGUCGAGGAGGGGGGUGGGAGUAGGUAAAGGCGCGCGGGCGCGGUUGCGGCUCGGCGUCAGCGUCGGUUGUAUCAUUCUUCCGGCUCACUGGGGUGGUAGGCGGGGCGGUAGUGCCGCUUCUCCUGGUCGGAGUUUGGCACAGCGCGGCGAUCGUGGCGUGCUAAGCCUGACGUUGGGAAGAAUCUGCUGGCCGAGGUUCUGAAGAGGCUCUGGGGUCAGGCCUGGGCCGGCGAGG